AUGGUAUUUUUCCUCUCUCUUAUUUCAAAGCUUCCGUCAGAUUCUGUUAAGCACCUCACAUGGCACGAGGUGGGGCACCAUGACGUUCAAGGAAGUCGACUGCGUUGCCCAAGAGUAAGAGAAGGACCCCCUGCAGAAGAGCUCCUCUUCACACAGGAUGAGGGGGCCUUGCCUCCACGGAAAAGAGUCUGUGAAAAAAGGCGAUGGGAAACAUGGCUGCAAGAAAACUGGGAGGAUUGCAAGAAUUUGAACAUUUCAUUUCAGGAUUUGGGGGACCCUUAUCAAGUGACAAAUUUUAACAGGAUUCUUAGAAGACUAAUUCGAGUCGAAACCCUCUGGUUAGUGGAUAACUCACUGGUGGAUUUAAGUGCCAUAAGAUUGCCAAGCUGCAGAGUGUUAAACAUGAAUAGAAACCAUCUCACAUCUUUCAAGCAAUUACCAAAGAUACCACAGAUACAGCAUUUAUCCUUGGCUGAGAACCACAUUGAGACUCUCACCGGGCUCUCCUGUUUGCAGCACACUCCGCUAGAAUCCCUUGUGCUCAAGAGGAACCCUUGUGAAUUUUACCAAAAUUACCGGAAACGAGUGUUCUCCUGUUUGCCAAACCUAAAAAUGCUGGAUGGGAUCCCAAAGCUUCCAGAAGAUUCUCCAUCACCAGAAACCAAUAUUUUUUCAAACUUAUGCAUUGUAUCUUAAUGCAAUUUGUAUAGAAAGAAAGCAAUGUAUAGAAAAUGUAUUUCAAUGUAUCUCUAAAAGCUAAUAGACACAAGAAAUGCGUAAC